CUGCCCAUGUGUUGCGUGCAUAAAGGCACAUACGGUGGUCCUCCCAACUCACGCGAGCGUUGUGCAUUUUUGUCAACACAAGGAAAAUGCACAUAAUUGAUUGUGAAAGGUUGACAUAAUCUUUUUCUUAGCACAGACGAUUGCGCGGAAGAAGAAAGAAAAAAAAAUUCCCUGGGUGAUAAAAUUUACAUGUUUGUUUUGUCACUUGUAUUUUUUUCCCUCCCCCUCUACUGGGCGAACUUUCAGUGGCCUCGCUUUUUUUCUUUUCCUUUUUCUUUUUUAACCUCCACCGUGUUUCCCUUUUUUUUUAUGUAUUCCCGAAAUUGGGGUACCCGCAAGUGCACAGCCCGCACGCCCAUCCGUACCUUUUAAAAGCAAACGAUGGGUAACAAAAUUUCCACGGAGGAUCACAUCUUUCGAUUAAAAUUAAAAACGAAGGAACUAGAAAAAUUAUCAAACAGGUCAGAAUUAGAAGAGAAAAAGCUCGUAACCGAUGUCAAAAAGGCCAUACAGGCAGGGAAGAUCGACAUAGCGAGGCUCUAUGCAGAAAAAUGCAUAAGAAAAAAAAACGAAAAAAUUAACUACCUCAAUUUGAGUAACAAACUGGAUGUCCUUGUGUCUAGGCUCGAGGGGGCCCACAGAUGCGCGUCGCUAGUUAAAGACGUAAGCAUGAUGAUCCCGCUAAUACAGAAGAUAAACACCGAGACCAACGCCGCCAAAAUUGGGAAUGACGUGAUGAAGCUGGAAAACAUCUUUGACGAAAUUAGCAUCAGCUCGGACCUCAUAAACGACACUGUUCAAACGUCCUCUGCGAUCAGCGCCCCCACGGAGGAGGUUGACGAAUUGAUCUCCAAAAUAGCAGAUGAGCAUGCCAUAAAACUGGAUGGGCAGCUGGGCCCCGUAAAUUCGAUUAAUAAGCAUUUGGAAGAAAUUUCCAACAUGAGCGAACGGAUCAAAAAUUUAAAAUGA